AUGAAAAAAAAACUAGGUGAACAAUUACAACCUCCAAUAAUUUUACGUGAAUCCAGUGAAGAUGAUGUAUUAUUAGGUUCUCGUAAAAUUUUACCAUGUAAUGCUAUUGGUUAUCCACCUCCAACUUAUAUGCGGUUACGUGAAUGGCAAAAUUUAAUAUCAAAUUUUUCUAAAUUUACUAAAAAUGAUGUUGGUAUUGUUGCAAGUAAAGCAACACACUUAAUGGUUUGUUCAUUAUCACAUGACAAUAAACAUAUUAUACCUAAUGAAAAAUAUUUUAUUACAUCAACAUAUAAUCUUGUUAUACUUAAUACAGAAUAUCAAGAUGAAAAAAUUUAUUUUGCUAUUAUUGAAAAUAUAUUUGUUGGUAGUGGUACAAGACAAUCUCCAGAUUAUUGUUUACAAAUUAAUCGACGAAAAAGUUCAUUUCAAUUAUCUAUACCAGAAUUUAUUGUUAAACUAACAGAUCAAUUAGCAACUAUUGGUGAUCCUAUUAAAUCAUUUGAAUGUGUUGCUAAUGCUGGGUAA